AUGAAUGAAUCUAUUCUUAGUCAUCUUCUUCUUUAUGAACGUUUAUCUGGGGAUUUACUUUUGUCUCAAGACAAAAUACGAGUAUUAGGUGUGACAGACCAAUCAAGAUUUCUUUCUAGUCUUGCUCUUGUUUUAAAUGGAAGUACAACAUGUACAGCUGUUUAUGUUAAUCUAUCUGAUAAAAUUGUAUUUAUUGCUCGAAAUGAACCCAUCACAAUAAAUGAUGAACAAUAUUUCGAUCGAUUUUUUCGUCAAAUUCGAAUUUAUGCUACCUUAACUAGUUUAUGUUCAUUCAGAGACAAAGCAAUAGUAGAAGCUCGAGAUCAAUUGGAUUCUCUUGUAUUUGAAUAUAAUUCGAAGAAAAUGAUCAAAUAUUUUAUUGGUCGAAAUUCUACAGUCAUUGAUGGAUUAAGACAAAUGGUUAAAUGGAAUACAAAUGAAAAAUAUCAUUUUGUUGAAGAACUUCGUUCAAAUAAAGAAUCUUACACAGAUGAUCCAUUAAUGACCGAAAAAGUCUAUUUAAUAUUCAAAAAUUACACCGAAGAAGAUUAUAUGGAUUUUUUAUUGAAAAAAGUCGAUGAAUUCUUAACAGCUCGUGAUCAACUAUUUAGAAAUCAAGUCAAUCCAUCUGAGCAUCAGCUCAUGUUAGCAGCACGACUUGCAAUGAUACUUUAUCAAUCACGUUUAUUUCAAUUUAUACUUAAUCAUUCGAUAGGAACAGCUGAUAAAGGUGUUUAUUAUUUCGAAAAGACAUCGGCUCAUAUACGAGCAGAAACUGUUCUUUUAAAAUCUUUACUUAAUAAUAAAGAACGGUUUGGUCAAAUAUAUAAAAAUAUCUCAUGGAAACUCGUUCCACCAAUUCAACAAACACAUCAAUUAAAUAUUACUCCACGACAAGCAUUUGAAAACAUCUUCAAAAAUCUACUUCAUUCAUCAAAUGAAAUUAUCUCGAAUAUUCUUCAAAACACUACAAGUGAUUCUUUUUAUAAUCAAUACUUGGUAAAAUUAAAAGAAAUUGACGAAAAACCUGUUUAUGUUGGUCAUUUACAUGCCGAAAUUUUACUUAUCGAUUAUAUUUUAAAUAACAAUAUCAAGCAGGAAGAUCAUUUCAAUCAAAUUGAGAUAGGCAUUUCGAAAAUGCCUUGUUUACCAUGUUCUUAUUAUAUUGCUGCAUUAAAUAAAACACAUAGUCGUUGUUUUUAUCACUCUGAUGCAACACGUGGCAAACUUUAUGGUAAAUGGAUAUAUAGAUCCAACGAAGAUCCAUCUAUCAUUAAUGAAAUUAAUGACAAAUUAAUUGAAAAAAUUCAAAAUUUAAUUCAAAAAAUAUUAGUCGACAGUGGUCGUGAUGGUCGUCCAAAAAAAAGUGGCGAUAGCGACAUAAUGUACACUUCAAUGGAAGGUGAUGAACUUGAAGAACAAAUAUAUCGUAAAAUUGAUUUUUAA